AUGAGCUGCUCGGACGUGGCCAUGCAGCAGCCCGCCCCGGCGGCGUGCGGGGCGCCCCGCUAUAUGGCCGCGCCCGCGGCGGGCUGCGCGCAGAAGAAGUUAGCUGUGUACAACAAGAUGCAGGAGUCUCUGGAAGUGACCCUUCCCAGCAAGCAAGAGGAGGAUGAGAAAGACCAGCCUGCCGAGAUGGAGUACCUGAACUCUCGCUGUGUCCUGUUCACUUACUUCCAGGGGGACAUUGGUUCAGUGGUGGAUGAACAUUUCUCAAGAGCUCUGAGCCAAGCCAGUAGCUUCACUUCAGACACUGCCCUUCCCAAGAGCAAGGCAGGGCUGAAUCCUUUGUGGAGAGAAAGCUCAGCAAUUUCAAGCCAAAGGAGUGGUUUCCCGACCUCGUUUUGGACCAGCUCUUACCAGCCUCCUCCUCCAGCCUGCUUAAGCGGAGUGCACCCCGAUUUCCCCGUGACUGCACCAGGCACCUUCCCGACCGCAGAUCCCAGCGGCUGGCCGGGACACGGCCUUCACCAGACUGCCCCCCCUCCCGCCCCCGCCGCUUCUGAGUCCUGGCACUACCCUCUGGCGUCUCAGGUGAGCCCCCCGUACGCACACAUGCACGACGUGUACGUGCACCGCCACCACCCUCACCCGCACGUGCACCACCACCACCACCCCAGCCCGCACCGCGACCCGCGCUACGGCUCCCUGCUGGUGCCGUCGGUGCGCGCCGCCAGGAUCCCCGCUCCCCAGUGUGACGGGACAAAGGCAGACCCCGCCGCUGUCACCAGCGCUACCUCAGCCUGGCCUGGAGCCUUCCACGGGACGGUGGACAUCGUGCCGAGUUUUGGGUUCGAUACAGGUCUACAGAAUCAGGACAAGAGCAAGGAAACUGCUUGGUUCUGAAGUGCAGAGAAAUUAAGACCAGCUAGAGCUGGAGUGGACAGAGCUGGGCGGGUGAUACAGCAGUGGUUGACUCCUUCUACGUGGAGCAAAGGACACACACGUGAAGAUGAAGAGCCAACUAUUCUGGUUUUGCUAUUGAGCCUUUUAUUUGUAAGGCUGUUUAUGGGUCCCACAGUGUUGGGGAAAAAGCCAGAAACCUAACUUUUCUUUCUUUCCUCAUCUGAGCCUGCUGCAGCUGGGCAACCUAACUCUCUUCUGCUCCUUUAACAGUGUUUCGUUUUGUUCAGCUUGAUAUUUUUAUGAACAGUCUCAAUGGUCAGGAAAAAGACUCUCCCUUGACUACAGUGCGCCUUCUUUCAGGAAUACAGUAUUUUGUAGCUCUUUGUGCAUCUAUUUUUGUAGAAGUACAGAAAGUUUGGGUAAGGAUUGAUGGGCUAUUUUAGGAUGACAUAUUUUUUUAAAAAAAAUUGUAAAAUUGUUAAGUUCUGUUUAAAGAACUUGCUCUCAGAGAAGCACUGGCAAAAAUGUAUAAAAUGCUAUUUUUAGAUGUCUGUGAUGUGUUUGUGCAUUUUGGGUUUUUUUGUUUGUUACCUCAAAUGUCUAGCUUUCUUUUCUUUUUAAAGAGCUAAACUCCUUUGUUUCCACAUUACUAGAUUCUGAUGUUUUUGUCCUUUUGUUCUAGCUUAAGCAAGUAUAAAAUUCGCACCUGAAAUUUCAGCCAAAUAUUUUUUCCUGGUGUUAGAUUGUAGUGAAAGUGUUUUUGUUUUUCUUGCUUCUAAAGGUGGCUUUGUGCUGUGCUGAUUGUCAGAAGCUCACAAACACCUUUAGCAUGGAGCAAAGCUUGAGGUUACAGCAACUGCAUUUCCAACCCAUCCAUUCUUUCAAAAUGGACCAAAUACUCUGAAAUCAGACACGAAUAUGGGCCUCACCUAUGAUCCAUUGAAGCUGUUGAACACAGUUCCCUGUGGGUGAUGUUUCAGGCCCUCGUAGUGUUCAUAAAUAUCGGUACAAUCUUACAGGCAGGACUUUCAGCUAAGCCAUUUCGAGGUGGUAACUUAUAACAUCAAUAUUCAGGGGAAAAAAAAAAAAGAAAAUAAAAAAAUCCAGGUUUAUAAAAAUGUGUGGCUUGUGGAAACAAGAGAUUUUCAAGCGGCCUGCUCCGUGUGCUGAGCAGCUCCAGGAAAGCACCACGCUUCCCAACUGCUGUUGACUCGAGGAUGUGCUUGCCUGGCCUGGCCGUGCUGCGGGGCUCGCGGGACCCCAGCUGCGGCGCUGCGGUUUCGUAAGCGCCUGCACACGCCGGGGCUUGGGGCAGCAGCGUGGCCACGUGGAGCCUCAGCCCUCUGCUUGGGAAACCCCCCUGGCCUCGUGCAAUAAAGGCUUUGGUUGGAGCCAAGGUGAGCAAAUCCGGAGUACGGGCUGCGACGUCGCUGUGGGCUGGAGCUGGGUCAGUCCCCCAUCCCUUUGGGGCUCCAGCGAGUGUCAGCAGGUGCUUAGAUGGGACUGAGGGCAGCCCAGCAUCAGGACCUGGGUUGCUGGGUCCUGGCUGCUGCUUGGAGAUGUUGCCUUUCUGCUCUGUGCACCCAGGGUCUCUCUUGUAAUAUUUCUCACGUCUCUUACAAUGCAGUGUAGUUCUGUCACCACUGCUCUCAGUCAUCCCUGUUUGAAAGGCACGCCGGCCGAGUGGAAAAACCAAGAUAUAAACACAUGGCUGAGAUAAGAAAGAGUUUAAUUUUAAGGCACUGAGAGUUGUAAAUGUAGUUUUGUCAGGUGGAGAACACAUGGGUCUGUGUGUGAAAGGGGAGUGGGGGGGGGCGUUGGGAAGUGCAUGCCACUCCGAGCUUUCCUGCACUGCUGCUUCCCUCCAGGCUUUUUGAACUUGAUCCUAUGAGGUGUUGAGCGCUCUCCCUUGUCAAGGGAGAGGGCUUGACAUGCUGGCAUGGAGGCAUUAGGAUUAUAUCACAAUUUGGCAAGACCCUUAAGUCUCUACCUUGCUGAUUUGAAGUUUGAGACAGCAUAUAAAUGCUGAAUGGACUAUACUUAAAUAUUGCUUUGAAGUAAUAAGGUUGUAGUCUCCAUGUUGGGAUGAUGAAUUAAAUGUGGUGGGGUUUUUUUCCUCAUCUUUGUAGUCCAUCAGUAUUUCUUGCUCUCAAUAAAUUUUAGUCUCAUGACAGUUCUCUAUAUUAUUGCUGCUCUGGUGGAGCUAGCUCCUCAAUUUGUCAAUAAAUUCAUAAUGCAGUGGGAAAAUGUUAUGGGAGGGAAUGGAGUACCAGCUGCCACAGUUCACUUUCUUACCAGGACAGUACAGUUCAGGAAAUAUCUCAAGAAAAGGAGUUCUGACUUAGGAAUGUUGACAGUAUUAGAAAUACUGGGAGGAAAAAAAAAAUUCUAAGCUUUUGUUUUGUUUUGUUUUCCCCCCCUGGACUUGGCAGAGGUGGAAAUCAAAGAGACAGUGUGUCCUCUUUGAACUUCAGGGAUGGAGAGUUUGGGUGGCAGGGGAAGCAAAAGAAACAGCAGCGUUUCUUUUUGAGAUGUGUUUGACUUUCUGAAAUAGUUAAAAGCCUAACAAGAGCAGUCUGCUCACUGCCUUCCCUUUCACAAGCUCACACUAUGAGGGAUCUCCUCAGGUUCCCUGUAGAUGUCAAAGCAAAAUGGGACAGGAACGAAACAGUACCAUGGUUUGCACUGGAAUUUCUUUCUGGAUUGUAUCACUGCCCUGUUGGUUGGUGGGGAUGAAGAAGUGGGGAAGCUGUUGCCUCUCCCACCUUCAGGACUACUGUUCUGCACCCAGUUUCUGCUGCUGAACCUGAGCUGGUGGAACUUCUGCAAACUCUGAGUGACGAGUGCCAAUAAAACCCUGCUGUUGGCUGUAGCCAUUCAGGCCCCAAUCCUUCGACCUUGAAAGUGAAAUAAAUUCUUCUUUCCCCCUCAGUCACUAAUUGUCCCUUGUGCUAACAAGUGAGAAAGGAAAAGCCUGAGUGCAUAGCAGUAGCCCAGCUCCUGUGUUCUACAGUUUGAGGGAUAGAAAAGGAAGAAGGGAACUCCCACCCUUCCCUGUGACAAACUUUUAAGUUAAAUUCAGCAGAUUUUCUUCUCUCCCUCUUUCCCAUACACGCACCCUUCCACACACGCACAGAAGUGCUUAUGAGAAGCAGAUGCUGCCAUGGCUUUGCUCUUGGAAGAGGAGGGGAGCGCUCAGUGGUGGGGAAUCGAUGGCAGCGAGAAGGAGCAGAAAGGUUGAGGCUGCUCGUGUUUCUGCAGAUAGGAAAAAAAAAAACAUGAAAUCAGGUCACAGAUAAGUUGUGUGUCUUAAUGCAUUACUGAAGGAGUUGUUUCAUUCUUUUUACGUGUGGUGUGUUCUGAUGCUGUCCCAAGAAAGUGGAUGAUUCAUUUUGAGAGGGUUAUAAAACAUGUUGUACUCUGUCACUGUUUCUGGGAGAACAUAGGGAAAUUAUUGUUUUAUUUCAAGAAACUCAAAAUACUGACCUCCUUAAAGUUGUCCAGGAUUUUAUUUUAUUCCCGUUACUGUUGAGAAAUCUGACAUAAAUUUUUAUGUCUUAAUUUGAAGACUGGAAGGGUUCAAGUUGUCCACCAGUUUUUGAGAGGCAGGUGCCAGUUUAUCCCAAUGGCCCAUUUUCAUCCCUGCAAGAAAAAGGAACAGUGCAGCUACUGACUGCCCAGAGGACUGGAUUUCUGGAGAGCAGAAUAAGCUGCACUUGGCAAUAGUAAUGUGGACUCCAUUCUGAUUCCUUCCCUCACCAGACACACAAGUUCAGGUGGUCCUCAGUGAAUGGCAAUUUUGUCUCAAUCAUCCACGCCUGCAUCAAAACACUUUUGAGAACAGAUCUUUCAUCAGGGCCUUCAGAGAGGGAGGGGAAGGUCUCAUUUCUCCUAAUCUGCCCUUAGGAUUGACUUACCUCACCCAGCUUUUCUGCUUCCAGGCUGUUUCAUAUGUCUUGCUGUCCCCCUCCCACAAUUCUUCAUGUGUAUGGAUAUAUUUCUCUACAAAUUUAUUUAUACACAUUCACGUGUAGCUAAACCUGGUUCCCUCUGUUCCACUCUCAUGCCUCAAAUGCAUGUCCUUUGUGAAUGAAGUGAAUGACUUCAUCAAAUCUCAUCUGAGAUGGAAAAUGUAGGCAUUUUAUUGCAUUCUCUGUUAACUCAGGAGUGAAUUUUUUCCCUACCUAUUAAAAAAAAAAACAAACCCAACAAAACGAAAACACAUUAAAAUACCCCUUUCAAAUCACCUGAUAUGUAUCUGUAAAGAUGAUUGUGAAAUCAGCAGUUGUGUAAAGAGGUGCAAUAUCUUGCCUUUCAGCAGACAAGCCUAUCUCUGAAUAUGAUUAUUUUAAUUAAUUUCAGGUACAAGCUUUUGCUCCAUAUCAAUGGACCAGCAACAUAUAUAUUUCCUUAUAAACAAUUUAGAAGUAUAUAUAUUUUUCAAGUGAAAUUCUCGGUUUUAGUAUGUCAGCCUUUGAGCUUCUAAAGGGUAUUUGGAUGAUAAAUAUUGUUUGCAUGUGGGUUUUUUAAAAAAAAGUUGAUGCAUGUUGUUUGGAACUACAAUCUCAUGUAAAGCGGGAAAGUAUUUAAAAAUAAAUACGGCUUUUACAUAUCA